CAUAGCUGCAGCCGUACACGUAAGUUAUACCAUACACUCACAGACAAGAGUGCGAAAGGAAAGUGAGUAUAGCAAAAUUUUGGAGCGGUUACCUCGCCCUCUCCUCCCUAUAGCUUUUCUCUGCCCCGUCAAAGCGAUCAUUCCUUUUCGGCCACUGCUACCAAGUUGAGUGAAAUCACAAUCUUCGUACCUGUAGUUACCGACAUGGACAAUUCUGGAAAUCCUCAAGAGGUGACUGUGCCACCAGUUGAAGGUGUUGCUGGAGGGGGGACAGCUUAUGGGUGGAAUGAUGGUGGUACACAGGGAUUGAGUAUACACAAGGGAUCUAUUGACCCUACAGAGAUUCCAACUAGGGAUAUGGUAUAUGUGUGGAGCAUGCCAAGCACAGCAAAUGUUGGAUCACAAGAUAUGCCUAGGCAUUUGGAGCCUGUAAAUCUGCUGGCAGCUAGAAAUGAGAGGGAGAGUGUUCAAAUAGCCAUGCGACCAAAGGUUUCUUGGGGUGGUCCUGGUGGUGUUGGGGGAAUUGUGCAGGUUCAAUGUAGCGACCUAUGCUCCACCUCUGGUGACAGGUUGGUUGUUGGCCAGUCUUUAAAGUUGCGGCAAGUGGUGCCUAUUUUAGGUGUACCUGAUGCUCUUGUGCCAGUUGAUCUUCCAGUCUGUCAAAUAAGCUUGUAUCCGGGGGAGACUUCUGUGCUUUGGUUAUCAAUUGAUGUUCCAAGUGCUCAACCCCCGGGACAUUAUAAUGGAGAGAUUAUCAUAACUGCUAUGAAGGCAGACGAAUCUCCAGGUCAAAGUUUAGUCAAGGCUGAGAAACAUCAGUUGUUUGAGGAGCUCAAGGGCUGCCUUGACAUAAUUGAGCCGAUUGAUGGAAAACCAUUAGAUGAAAUGGUACAAAGGGUGAAAUCUGCAACUGCAUCUUUAAGAAGGAUUCUUCUGUCUCCACUAUUUUCUGAAUUUUUUUCAGAUAAUGGAUCAGUAGAUAUGAUGGAUGAGGAUGCCAUUUCAAGUCUCUCAGUACGGGUGAAGUUGAAUCUGACAGUUUGGGACUUUAUACUUCCAGCAACUCCUUCUCUCCCGGCUGUAUUUGGUAUAUCUGAUACUGUAAUUGAGGAUCGUUUUGGUGUUCAACAUGGGACAGCUGAGUGGUAUGAAGCAAUGGACCAGCAUUUCAAGUGGCUUCUUCAGUACAGAAUUAGCCCCUAUUUUUGCAGAUGGGGUAAUGGCAUGCGUGUUUUGACAUACACUUGUCCAUGGCCAGCGGACCAUCCAAAAUCAGAUGAGUAUUUUUCAGAUCCACGGUUGGCAGCAUAUGCUGUGCCAUAUAGCCAUGUGAUCUCCAGUAAUGAUGCAGCAAAGGAUUACUUGCAGAAACAAAUUGAUAUUCUGAGGACAAAGAGUCACUGGCGAAAAGCUUACUUUUACUUGUGGGAUGAGCCACUGAACUUGGAACAAUAUGAUACUGUUCGCAAUAUGGCCAAUGAGAUUCAUUCUUAUGCUCCAGAAGCUCGUGUUUUAACUACUUACUAUUGUGGACCAAAUGAUGCACCUCUUGCAUCUACUCCAUUUGACGCUUUUGUAAAAGUUCCAAAUUUCCUUCGUCCUCAUAAUCAAAUUUAUUGUACAAGUGAAUGGGUUCUGGGAAAUCGAGAGGAUCUGGUCAAGGAUAUUGUUUCUGAAUUACAACCAGAGAAUGGUGAGGAAUGGUGGACAUAUGUAUGCAUGGGACCAUCAGAUCCUCAUCCUAACUGGCACCUUGGAAUGCGAGGCACUCAACAUCGUGCUGUCAUGUGGCGAGUGUGGAAAGAGGGUGGCACAGGAUUUUUGUACUGGGGUGCCAACUGCUAUGAGAAGGCUACUGCAGCCAGUGCAGAGAUAAAGUUCAGACAUGGCCUUCCACCUGGAGAUGGAGUUCUAUACUACCCUGGUCAGGUGUUCUCAUCUUGUGAUGAACCGGUUGCUUCUUUAAGACUAGAGCGCAUACUUAGUGGCUUGCAGGACUACGAGUACCUGAAACUAUACGCUUCUCGAUAUGGUAGGGAUGAAGGGGUUGCUCUUUUGGAGAGGACUGGCUUGUAUUUUGGUCCUGAGCGUUACACAUUUGAGCAUAUGCCAAUCGAUGCAAUGAGAGGAGAAAUAUUUAAUGCCUGCCGCUCCUAACUUUUUGUAUAGACGAUACCAUCCGUUUCAAGUGGUCUAUUUGGCUUUGGAAAAAAAAAAAAAAAGUGGUCUAUUUGGCGGCAGCUGUCAAAUCCAGGCUUCAGUGUUUAGCAUUCAAAUGUCAAUUGAUGCAGUGCAUAAUUUGAACUGUGGCUAUAAUAUCCAUUUGGAACAUAGUUAGAAAAUAGGGGAGCUCUCUUCUUCUUUUUUGGAAUAGUGAAAUGGACCACAAUGUCGGUGAGCAACUGGAGUUCCCCCCGCCCCCCCCCCCCCCACCCCCAAAAAAAAAAGAAAGAAAGAAAGAAAGAAAAAAUAUCACUUAGUCUCAUGUAAAUAUUUAUCCGAUGUUGCAAGGAUAAUUAGAAGUUAGAAGAUGUAUAUUGUGGGGCUAAUGCUCUAAACAGGUUUGGCUACUGGAUGAGAGAUUGUCCCUUUUUGGUUCAAUACUGUAUUUUAUGUCAUAUUAUUGAUGAUGAUGUCGUGUUUAUCCAAUCAAUUGACCAAGUUGACGUUGUUAGCUCAUGAA